AUGACCCUCAGGCUGUUCCCUCGCGGGAGAACUGUCUGCUUCAACAUAUGCCUCGACGGAUCCCGCAUCCCAGGCUCUCUCGAUUACAGCACGGUGAUACACCAUAUCCCCCAUCUGCGUGACUGCCCUCGCCGGCCGGCUACAGCCCAAUCCCUAGGUAGAUACACGAUAGACAUUAACCUGACCGCUGUUGUCCGCCGAUGCCGCCUCGUCGACUCUCAGUUCUUCCCCGUCUCCCUCUUCCAGGACUGUCUACAUAUCCUCGUCCGCGUUCUACGAGACCUCCAGCGCCAUCCCUCACACGACCCAGGUUCAACACUGUGCGACAGCCUUGAACAACUGCUACUCCAAAACCAGUUGGACUGGUACAAGCAGCUUAGAUACUUCACCUGUUUUGCCUACCUGUUCGAUGACUCGGUGCUCAAAGCGUCUUCGGCCCUACACAGUGGCAUGAGCAACUUCAUCUUCACAAACUGCAGGGUUCUCGCGUACCAAGCACCCCUGAGCGUCUCGCUGCAGUUCGUCGACCUCUGCUUCCAUGCAGACUUUUCGGCCCUAAUGACUGCUCUGUUUGAGCAGCUGUGCAAUCCGGAUCGAGCAGAGCUCGUACGCACCCAUGGCUUGAUACCUCUUUAUCUUGGCGGCGAGCCCUCGGAGGCGAUUUUCACCUAUAUCAUCCAGCGGUUCGGAGAGAGAGGCAGUAUACGUGAACGAAUAAAGAUACGAGCUCGGCACCGAGUAAGGAGGCGGCGCCAUGGGCUGUUGGAUAGGGGGCUGUUUAUCCCGCCGCGCUGA